AGCUGGGCCCGUCCGCCUGGGUGUGCAAAGCCUUAGCGCGACCUGUACUGGCUUCUGACUGGCUUUGCGCUUUUUCCUGAAUCGGGUACCUGCGUCAGAUGGGUGAUAACAGUCGCGUGGAAUGCGAUAUGGCUGUUGCCUCGAAGGUCGAAGACGAUGCGCCUGGCGACGCUACGCCCAGCUCGAUAGAAUCAACACCGGAGCCAGAGGCAGGACCCGAUCCACCCCAGGAGCCCGCACAACCCCAGAAGCGCAAAGGUGGAAGGAAGCCUAUUUACGCAACAUCAGAGGAGCGUAAGCAGCGCAACCGGCAGGCGCAGGCUGCAUUUCGCGAGCGCCGAACAGAAUACAUCAAGCAACUGGAGGCCACCAUCAAGACCAAUGAAGAGACUCUGGGUGGUCUGCAGCAGCAGCACAGGCAAGCCGCCGAUGAGUGUCUGAUGCUGAGGUACAAGAACUCGUUGUUAGAACGCAUCCUCCUGGAGAAAGGAAUUAAUGUCCAAGCUGAGCUUCAAAUGAAGACGGGCAGUCCGGUGCUGGGACCUGGCUUCAUGCACAGUACGACUCCUAUGCCCCAGCAGCCUCAGCUGCAACGAACGACUCUGCAGCGAGCGCAAGCUCGUCGAUCUGGCCUCCCCAAACUCGCGCCUGGGCACUCAAACUCGGACCUGGGAUUCUCAACGACAUCUCCACUUGCCCACCCCACACCAUCGUCGCAUGGCUCUUCCCCGAGCCAGAUGUCCAUGCGAUCUCCAGCUAUUCAACAAAUGGGGAUGACCUCGCCCGCGUCUGCAGUCCUCGGUCAGCCACAGGCACAGCCAUACCAGAGCUUUGCCGGCUCUUCUCAACAACAGCCUAGCCAAGCCUUCUAUCAACCCCAACAGCAUGCCACAAACGCGCCGCGUUACCGGCAGCACCGAGCCACAGCAUCGUCAACGUACCAAGGCAGCACGAGCGGCAUCUCGAACAUGACAUCAGGGUUGCCAUAUCCUGGCAGCUCCAGUGGAAGUGCACCACCCUCGGCUAGUGCAUUUUAUCCUAGUCCGUUUCAAAAGCACUUUGAACAGCUUGAUCAAGAGUAUGACUCCCAACAGCAUCGAACGGCUUUCGAUGAUGCAGAAGAUGCUUCCCAAGCGGGCACCGAAGAGCAGUUUUCGCCGCAGUUCGACCAACCCCAAGCACAGCAGCAUGGGGAUCACCAUCAGCAAUCACAAAGUAUCGCGGCCACCCAGCAGCAGGUGUCGGCGCAGUCUCAGUAUGAGCCGCAACAGGUAAUUCCACCCACUAGUCAUCCUGGCACGGGUCACUAUGAUUCGAGCGACCCCAUGCUAGACGCAGAUCCGUUUGGGCUAAGUGCUUCGAUGCACUACCCUCAGACCUAUCUAAAUCAGCAGUAUCACGGCCAGCGUUAACAGGAAAUAAAUGUUUUAAUAGCAGUUGGGGGGUGGGGGGUCUUUCAAAAGUAGCAUAGGAGGACUUACAGCUCCGCACAGGGACUGCGGGCUAUGAUUGGGAUUCAGCGAGAAAAGCAUGAGUUUUGGCGCUUUGGCCUUUAUGUGGUGCACAUAGCGACGGUGUUGGAACGAAAGAUAUUGUUUGAAGAUCACAUUCGAGAAGGGGGCGGAUGUGUACCUUAUUUGCAUAUCAAAAAAUCGGAUUGGACAAAGAUGAUGGAAUGAUGGAUGCACGGGUGAUGUGGCCUGAUCACUAAUGCAAAAGGUAAGAAGGACUAUAGUCCAAACAGGACAGAUGAUGUAUACCAG